CCAUUCUCCCAGUCCUCGGUAUCCUCUUACUCACCACUUGUAGCUCAACCUUUUACUUCUUACUCAACUUCUGAGGGCGGGAAACUAUUUUUAGGAUCUGCCUUUGUAUAUAUCAGGACCUCUAGCUCUCCCUCCUGGAUUUCCUACAUCAGAGAAGCACAGAAAGUAGCUGCAGGGAAAGGUGAGGAGGCACGGCUAGACUUUGCUCAUCUUGGUCUGAUUUGUUGUUCAUAUUGAUUUACCUGUCUUUGGGGAGGGGUGAGUUUGGGUGGAUAAGAGAAUCUUGCUUUAAAAACACCAGCAAUAUACCUGCAAAGCUGGAGAGAGGCUGGGUGUAGUAGGGCAAGAAGGCAUUUGGUGACCCAGUCUCAGCUCUUUUCACUCCCUGUUGCGAGAGGUGACCAUUGCUUUGGGGAAGUUCCUUUUGUGCUGUUCACAUCAGGGACGUGACAAGGCAGGGAAAGAAUUAUAAGACACAGCUAGGGCAUUUUCACUUCCUAAAAGUGUGACACUGAAAUUCCUUUUGACCAUGUGACCUCUUGAAUUCAUACCAGGAAGAGUAGCAGCAGCACCCAGGGAGGGGGUGUAAUGAGGCAUGCUUCUGUGGCAUGGGCAAGGAGAUGGCACAAAUCAGGAGCAAUGUGUAUGUGAAGGGGAUAGCAACUCUGACUGCCAGGAUGUAUCUCAUGACUCUGCUUUUCUACUAAUUUUCAGGCCUUUUUAUCUGCCUUGUGUGUUACAAAGCAAGACGGCUAGACCUGUUUUCUCCAGGACAUUUCCUCAGAGGAGGCCCAGAGGAUUAGCCUGCAGACAUCAUGCUUGAGGUGAUGCAAAUACGGACCUGGAUUGAGCCAGUGGUUGCUGGUGCCCAGGUAGCCAGCUCCUUCUAUGACACAGGACUGCUGCUGGUGGUGAAAAACUACUACAACCAGACCAACUCAACCGCCCCAGCACAUUUACUCGAGGACAGACAGCAGAAAGCAGUCUCUAAUUUCUACAUCAUCUACAACUUGGUCCUGGGCCUAAGCCCCUUGGUGUCAGCUUAUGGCUUGGCGAAGCUCGGGGACAGAAAGAACAGGAAGAUCACCAUCUGCUUGCCUCUCCUGGGCUACCUGGUCUCUAGGGCCCUUCUGCUCCUUUUGAUCCUGCUUGAGUGGCCAAUUGAGGUGAUGUAUGGAGCUGCUGCCUUAAAUGGCCUGACCGGAGGCUUCACUACUUACUGGGCGGGUGUCAUGGCUCUAGGGUCACUAGGCUCCUCGGAGAGCAGGAGGUCUCUGCGGCUUAUCAUUAUCGAGUUGAUCUAUGGAAUGGCAGGCUUCUUGGGAAGCAUUGCAUCUGGGCACAUCUUUGUCCAUUUCAACCUCAGCUACCGCCAGGGCACCGUGCUUGUGGCUUGCAGCAUUGCCUGCUAUGCCUUCUGCCUCACCUACAGCCUCUUUGUCCUUAGAGUCCCCAAAGUGGAAAGUGCCCACCCAGCUUUGGCAGAUAACAGCAAAGCCAAGGAUGUAAAUCAGCUUGACAGCCCACUGCCACCUGAUGAAAGGACUGUAAGGAAUUGGGGCUCCUGUGAGAAGGAAGGCCACACACCUGUGAUGCCCUCAAAACUCAUCAUUGCCAUGCUCUUUGUGGGGGCUGUCACGUAUGACUUAGCGGUUGCGGGAGGCAUAGAUGUGCUCCAGCUCUUUGUGCUCAAGCAACCUUUAAGUUGGAAUGGGAUUCAGGUUGGCUACGGCAAUGCUGCUGGCUACAUGAUCUUCCUCACCAGCUUCUUGGGAGUGUUUUUGUUCUCCAAGUACUUAAGGGACACUACUAUGAUCACGAUCGGCAUACUGUCUUUCAGUACUGGCAUUCUCAUCAUGGCCUUUGUGCGAAGGACUUUCCAGUUCUACAUCGCUCGGGCAGUGAUGUUGUUUGCACUUGUCCCUCUACCAACCAUCAGAUCCGUGUUGUCCAAACACGUAGAAGGAUCAUCCUACACAAAGGCAUUUGUCCUGCUGCAGCUGGCAUUAGUGAUCACUGGAGUGGUGACAUCUACACUCUACAACAAAAUAUAUCAAUGGACACUGGACUGGUACAGCAGCUUCUGUUUCAUUUUGUCUUGCAUCAUCGGUUGCCUAAGUAUCAUCCCCAUCAGCAUUGUGGCCUUCAAGCAACGUUCAGCAUCUGGUUCCUUUGAAGUUCUGACAGACUGACACCAUGUAACGGAAAUUUUUUUGAGCACUGGAGCCAUGGUGCAGGGUGAAGGAGCACCCUGGCUUACUGCCUCAGGCAGAGGACUUACAGGAAAAUGUAAAGAACUGGGUCUGCCACUUUAAUCCCUGUGGUUUAAGCAGAAAUUGCUAGCAAUCCUCAUAAAAAGAACCGUGCCAGGGGUAACCAUGUGACAGAAUACCAUCUCAAAGUAGCUAGCAGGCCAAGUCCAAAGCACUCAAUAGGCAUAAACCCACUACUUACCAACAGGAAGACUGCCCUACUGUUUUACAGAGAAUGGUUGCAGACAAUUUUUCUAAGUUAGUUCACACCAUCUGAAAUGUAAUGAUGAAAAGGGGAACUGUCACUGCAGCUAGUAGGUUCAUCCCUCUCCAGUUGCCACUGUAAUUGGAAAGUUAAUUCAUUUCAGUGAUUGAAAAGAAUUGAAGUAUAGGACUCGGACCAAGUUGUUAAAUAAGUUUUGAGGUGGUAGUGCAAAGGUGUGGGAACAGAAGAGGGGUGCAGACCAUGUCAGAGUAACCACUUUAUCCACUGAAAAAAAUCCAAGACAUUUUUCAGGGGCUUUGGCUUAGGAAAAAGUGUUAAGGGGUAUCAGAAGUAAAACAUGCACAACCCCCCCCCAAUUCUUGACCAUGGUGCAGAGCAAGUGCAUUAAUCCACGUCAUUCAAAAAAAGCUACUGUGGAGGGUUGGGGCAUUGACUAAAGAUGACCUGUCAAUAACUUAGGUAUAAGGGCUUUGAAUACUAUUUGAGUAGAGACUGACAAUCUAGGAAGAGUCCUUCAAUGUUACUCAAAAAAAAGAGAGAGACACCAUGAGGAGUUAGAAGGGAAAAGGAAAGACACACAUUACCCUGAAACCAAACCCUAGUGUAGUUCUAACCCUUACACUUUUUCCUGGAAGAGGAAUAGAAACUUACUGAAAUAUAGCAGCAGCUGAAUAGAGAAGACAAAAGGCAGCGAAGGGGAAGUUUUUAAGGGCAGGGACUGCUAAUUCUAUUUGUACGCGGCAGGGGGGGGGGCGGGGCAGGUCAGACUACUAUGAAACAGUCAGCUGCAUCUGUGCAAUGCCUUCAAGGAGACAUGUAUUGUAAUUUAUAAUCUUCUACUAUA